CGCGAUCGCUGCCGAAGUCCAGCUUCACGGAGAAGCGGCGAGAGCGCGCACGGGGCGGAGCGGCGACGCGACUCAUGGGGACCUUGGCGAUGUGAGAACUUGGAAGUCGAAGAGACGGCUGUUUUGUAACUUCGGAACCGCGGCAACGCGUCAUUUUUUUUUUUUUUUAAAUUGCUAACCAAGGAGUUUCCAGUAAAGCAGGCGCCUCGGAAUUUAGCCUCAAUCGCACUGAGAACAACCUCGGAUUUAACCCCAGAGCGGCUGGAUAGAAACCUCCAAUUUAUUUAACCCCUGACGGACAGAAGAGUAACGGAUUACGAGACCAAAGUUAUUCAUUUUACCAGUGUGAAUCGAUGGAUGUAAGUUACCUUUAAAGGUGCGACGCACUACGCCCCUACAACCCUUACCGGAUUGCAGCGCUGCCCUGCGCCGGGUCCCCGUGGUCAUGUUGCACAAUGGCAACGGCCCCAAGCAGCCUCCGGAGAGCCAGACGGACGGUAACGCGUUGGCCUCCAAUAAGCCUAACAGCCCCACUCACUUUCCACUUCCGAACCAGCCGAAACUGGAGAUCAAGAGGAAUGCGGUCACAGACAACUACAAAGUGUCCAGUCAGGUCCUGGGACUGGGCAUCAACGGAAAAGUCCUGGAGUGUUACAACAAGAAGACCGGGGAGAAAUGCGCUCUCAAGAUCCUUUACGACAGUCCGAAGGCGAGACGCGAAGUGGAGUUACACUGGAGGGUGUCUGGAGGCCCACACAUUGUCCGCAUUCUGGACAUCUACGAGAACAUGCACCACAACAAGAAGUGCCUCCUCAUCAUCAUGGAAUGCAUGGAGGGAGGAGAGCUGUUCAACCGGAUCCAGGCCCGAGGAGACCAGGCAUUCACAGAGAGAGAAGCAUCCGGAAUCAUGCGUGACAUUGGUACUGCCAUUGAGUAUUUGCACAGUAUGAAUAUCGCCCAUCGUGAUGUGAAGCCAGAGAACUUGCUGUACACAUCAAAGGAUUCAAAUGCAGUUCUCAAAAUCACAGAUUUUGGUUUUGCGAAGGAAACAACUUUUCAAAAUUCACUCCAGACUCCAUGCUACACGCCAUACUAUGUGGCUCCCGAGGUCCUUGGCCCAGAGAAGUACGACAAGUCAUGUGACAUGUGGUCUCUAGGAGUGAUCAUGUACAUCCUACUCUGUGGAUUUCCCCCUUUCUACUCCAAUACGGGACAGGCGAUUUCACCAGGGAUGAAGAAACGCAUUCGCCUUGGGCAGUAUGAAUUUCCAAACCCAGAGUGGGCUGAAGUCUCGGAAGAAGCUAAGCAGCUAAUACAUCAACUGCUGAAGACUGACCCAACCGAAAGGAUGACCAUCUCUCAUUUCAUGAACCACCUCUGGAUUAAUAGAUCAAUGGCAGUUCCACCUACGCCUCUGCAUACCACAAGAGUCCUCUUAGAAGACAAGGAGAUGUGGGAUGACGUCAAGGAGGAGAUGACCAGUGCCUUAGCCACUAUGCGCGUGGACUAUGACCAGGUGAAGAUUAAAGAUCUUAACACAUCCAGCAACCCAUUGUUAAACAAAAGGCGCAAGAAGGCGGCCGCAGGGGGAGGUGGCACAGCAGUGUGCAACAGCCAGUGAGGGCGCUGAGCGCCACAAAAUGAACGUUCUCUGCACCAGCCACACAUAGGUUUCCACAUGGAGUCUUUUUAAAAAUUUUAAAUAAAAUUUUUAUUUCUCUUUGA